AUGGGGAAAAAGACCAUGAGGCUUCUCUGUGCUUCACUUUCUCUUGCCAUGAUAUGCUGGCUAGCUGAAGGUACCCUGUCAAAAACAGAUGCAAAGAAAGGUGCUACAAAAAAAAUGGAGGAAAAGAAGCUGCAUUCUGAUAAAAAUGUUCAGGACCGGGGAUUGGUAGUCGUGGAUCCAAAAGCAAAGGAUAUUAUACUGGAACAUAAAAGUUACUUCUCCAAGAAGAUGAAGGAACAACAUUUCCCAGGAGAUGUUCUGGGAUAUAUUACUCCUUGGAACAACCAUGGCUAUGACAUUGCUAAAAUAUUUGGAAACAAAUUUACACUAAUCUCUCCGGUAUGGUUACAAGUGAAAAGGAGAGGGAAGGAAAGGUUCCAGUUCACUGGGCUCCAUGAUGCUGAUCAAGGCUGGAUGAAAGAUGUGAGAAAAACCUCCAAAAACAUCAAAAUAGUGCCUCGAAUUUUGUUUGAUGGCUGGACUUACCAAGACUUUGAGAGUGUUUUUGGCAGUGAAGAUGAGAUAGAGGAGCUUUCCAAGAACAUGGUUCUGCUAGCCAAGAAUGAAAAUUUUGACGGUUUUGUAGUUGAAGUUUGGAGUCAGCUGGGAAAUCAGAAGCAAAUGGAGUUGGUUCACUUGCUCACUCACCUUUCUGAAGCUCUGCAUGAAGCACAACUUAAACUCAUACUGGUCAUCCCUCCUGCAGUUACAGCGGGGACCAACCAGCUGGGAAUGUUCACAAAGAAAGAAUUUGAUCAGUUGGCCUCAGCAAUAGACAGUUUCAGUCUCAUGACUUACGACUAUUCAGCACCUCAUAGACCUGGUCCAAAUUCCCCCCUUCCCUGGGUACGAGCUUGUGUUGAACUACUGGAUCCUGAUUCAAAAUGGAGGAAGAAAAUACUUUUAGGACUGAAUUUCUAUGGCAUGGACUAUUCUGCUUCGGGAACCUCUGGGGAGCCAAUCCUUGGCAGCAGGUACAUCGAAAUCUUGAAGGAACACAAGCCAAAAAUUGUCUGGGAUGAAAAAAUUGCUGAACACUACUUUGAAUACAAACAAAAUAAGGGAGGAAAGCAUGCAGUCUUCUACCCAACACUGAAGUCCAUCCAGUUGCGCUUGGAGCUUGCAAAAGAAUUGGGCACUGGAAUAUCCAUCUGGGAACUGGGACAAGGCCUGGACUAUUUUUAUGACCUGCUUUAAAAUGAGAGAUGAUCUGAGAAAGACUUUA